GUGCGCGCUGCGCGGACGUCGACCAUGGACUGGAGCGGUGUCGUUUUCCACGUUCCAAACUUUUAGUAGUUAUUUUUUUCUUUCUCCCUCACACAGCUAAGUGGAGCUUUGUAGGGGAGCUGCUCUGGGCCGGAAUGGGGGAGAUGGAGGGCUUAUACCGGGUCCUGCAGACCCCUGGCACAAGGCUGGGAGCCCAGUUUAAUGCUGGUAUCAGCACUUUGGAGCCAGGCCAGAGUCUCAGUGGCAACAUGGCGAGUAGAAACAUAAGCCAUGGACAUGGGCUACAAAUCCGUGUGCUGGGGCUGGACGACUCCCAAGAGUUCUUUGACAUGGAUCCAAAGGCUUUUGGACCCCUCCUGUCUGAGGUUUUCCAGAGAGGCAACAUCAUGGAGAGUGAUUACUUUGGCCUGGAAUUUCAGAACAUGAAGAUGAACUGGGUUUGGCUGGAACCCACAAAGCCGUUUGGGAAACAAGUCAGACGACCAGCAACUACACUAUUUAGAUUGUCUGUGAAAUUCUUUCCUCCGGACCCUGGUCAGUUGCAGGAGGAGUACACAAGGUACUUAUUUUCCCUGCAGCUGAAAAGAGAUCUAACAGAGGGGAAGCUGACCUGCACAGAAAAUACUGGAGCCCUUAUUGCCUCUCACCUCAUCCAGGCGGAGAUUGGUGACUAUGAUGAUAUAGCAGACAGAGAUUAUCUGAGACUGAACAAGCUUUUGCCUUACCAAGAGAAGGUGCAAGAAAGGAUCAUGGAGCUCCACCGCAGACAUCUGGGCCAGACUCCAGCUGAGUCAGAUUUCCAAAUCCUGGAGAUUGCCCGUAAACUAGAGAUGUAUGGGGUGCGCUUCCACCCAGCAGCUGACAGAGAAGGCGCCAAGAUCAAUCUCGCUGUCGUUCACAUGGGCCUUCAGGUUUUUCAGGGCACCACAAAAAUAAAUACUUUCAAUUGGUCAAAGAUUCGCAAACUGAGCUUCAAGAGAAAACGGUUCCUGAUCAAGCUUCACCCAGAGGUUCAUGGCCCCCAUCAGGAUACUCUGGAAUUCAUGAUGGCCAGUCGAGACCAGUGUAAAAUCUUCUGGAAGAUAUGUGUGGAGUACCACUCUUUUUUUCGUCUCUUUGACCAACCUCAGCCCAAAUCUAAAGCUAUUCUCUUUACGAGAGGUUCUUCCUUCAGAUACAGUGGGAGGACCCAAAAGCAACUGGUGGAAUAUGUCAGGGAAAAUGGAGCAAAGAGAACACCAUACCAGAGGAGGAACAGUAAAGUACGAAUGUCUGCUCGAUCGCUGGCCUCAGACGUGCCAAAACAGAGUUUGUCAUUUAAUGACGGUCUCAGGGCCCCAGGCUCCCCCUUCUCUGCUGCUGUGUACUUUCAGCCAACGCACAUCUCAAAUGUUCUCUCACGGCCAGGAGUGCAACCUCAGCCCACGUCUUUGACUACACUGAACCAAGCUUCAGUGCCUUCACAGCGGCAGCUUCUGUCCCCUCCACAAGCUACCAGGCCCCCAAGUCCUCCGAAGGAAGACCCUGUCAAGGCUGCUUCCCCAUCAUACCACGCUUUUCAAGAUUCAGUUGCAGGCAACCCUCAGCUCUCACCCUUCGACUCCAAGGAUCUGCUGUGCCAGUCACCCUCCUUCCAGAUGUCCACCCUCAGCCUGCCAGGCCAAGCUCCUUCACCCCUGCAAAGCCCCAUCCUGAGCGAGGUGGGCAGUAAUGCCAGGCUAGAGGAGGAGGAGGAGGGCAGGAGGAAGCGAUAUCCCACUGACAAGGCUUACUUCAUUGCCAAAGAGAUUCUGACCACAGAGCGAACAUAUCUAAAAGACCUUGAGGUCAUCACUGUGUGGUUCCGCAGUGCUGUCAUUAAAGAAAAUGCCAUGCCUGAAGGACUGAUGUCUCUGCUGUUCUCCAACAUUGAUCCUAUCUAUGAGUUCCAUCGAGGUUUCCUCAAGGAAUUGGACCAGAGGCUAGCUCUCUGGGAGGGGCGCUCUAAUGCGCACGUCAAAGGGGACUACCAAAGGAUUGGUGAUGUAAUGCUGAGGAAUAUGAUGACUCUUAAGGUAUUUACCAGCUACCUACAAAAACAUGAUGAGGUGUUAACAGAGCUGGAAAAAGCCACUAAAAGGCUGAAGAAGCUGGAGACAGUCUACAAAGAAUUUGAACUGCAGAAGGUCUGCUAUUUGCCGCUCAACACGUUCUUGUUGAAGCCCAUCCAGCGCCUGAUGCACUACAAACUUAUUCUGGACAGACUGUGCAAACAUUAUUCACCUGCCCACCGGGAUCAUGAUGACUGCAAGGAGGCUUUGAAAGAAGUGGCAGAGAUUACUGCUCAGCUCCAGAGCAGUCUUAUCAGGCUAGAGAAUUUCCAGAAGCUAACCGAGCUGCAACGAGACCUGAUUGGAAUCGAGAACUUGACAGCUCCAGGCAGGGAGUUUAUACGAGAGGGGUGUCUUUACAAGCUCACCAAGAAAGGCCUGCAGCAAAGGAUGUUUUUCUUGUUCUCAGACAUGCUACUCUAUACAAGCAAAGGAGUCACAGCAACCAAUCAGUUCAAAGUGCACGGCCAGCUGCCUCUUCAAAACAUGAUUGUGGAAGAAAGUGAAAAUGAGUGGUCGGUGCCUCACUGCUUCACCAUCUAUUCUGCUCAGAGGACCAUUGUAGUAGCUGCCAGCUCUAAGGUGGAGAUGGGAAAGUGGAUUGAAGAUUUGAACUUGGCUAUUGACAUGGCCAAGAAGUCACAAGAAAAAUCCAGCAUUUUCCUCGACACUGGACUUUGCGAUCAUUCUAACCGAUCAUCUGAUGAGGUUUCUCUGGAGCAGGAGUCGGAGGAUGACAUGAACACCUCCCACACUUCACUGGAUAAGCAGACGCACCACCGUGCCAACACAACCAUGCAUGUGUGCUGGCACCGCAACACCAGCGUGUCCAUGUCUGAUCACAGCCUGGCUGUGGAGAACCAGUUGUCAGGUUACCUACUGAGGAAAUUCAAGAACAGUAACGGCUGGCAGAAAUUGUGGGUGGUUUUCACUAACUUCUGUUUGUUCUUCUACAAAACCCACCAGGAUGACUUCCCACUAGCUAGCCUGCCGCUGCUCGGCUACACGGUGAGCACCCCGAUGUCAGACUCCAUCCACAAAGAGUACGUCUUCAAGCUGCAGUUCAAGUCCCAUGUGUACUUUUUCCGGGCGGAGAGCGAGUACACCUUUGAACGAUGGAUGGAGGUGAUCAAGAGUGCAGCCAGCACUACGGGCCGGAUGAGUCUGCUCAUACCCAAAGGUCCCGCAGAGAUCAACGGAAACUGAUUAAAACAUCGUAAACCCGGAGGCUGGGCCUCUGGGACAUCACAGAGUCUGACUGUGUAACUGCCACUUAUAUCAAGUGUCGUUAACCCACGCGUUAGCAGGAUUUUAGUGGUCCGUGUCUUUUUCUUGUUUCAUGAUGUAAAUGUUAGCAUUUGCUCCACGUUUAUACAAAACGGAGACAUGUACAUAUUGACUGCUUUUUGCUUUAGACUGAUGCUGCAGGGAAUCUGCUCGUAUGGGACCAACUCUGAAGCAGGCUUCGAUUGGGUAUUGAGUGACUGAAGCUUUGUUUGACACAGCAACACAGUAAUCGGUGCAAGGUUACAGAUGAUACACAGUAUGUGAAAAUGAAGGUACACAGGACAGUAGACGAGUGAAAUAUCUGGCUCUUUGAUUUUACAGAGCUAAUGGCGUAGUGCAGGUGUGACAGGAAUGCUCGCGGAACGUUGGAGCGAUUGAGGGAGUUGGAGAGAUAAUGACGUUUCAUAACAAUGACAUGAAAGUGACUUUCAGUACAGGAAAAUGAAUAUGUGUAAGGUUAAAGCUGUAAGAAUACUGUAGUUUUUAUAAAAUAUUGUGGCCAGUUUUACGUCGCGCUCGUCUAAGUUAUGGGAAAUACUAUAUAAUAAAAUACUAAAUAGAUAGAUAAAUAAAUACUAAAAGAUAAAUAGAUACUAAAUACUAAAUAAAUAUAUAAUAAAUACUAAAAGAUAAAUAGAUACUAAAUACUAAAUAAAUAUAUAAUAAAUACUAAAUAGUAUACUAAAAUAAAAUAGUAAAAAUACUAAAAUAGUAUACUAAAAUACUAAAUAAAUAAAAUACUAAAUAGGAUGCAAAGAACCGCAGUUAAUUCAGGAAUGACUGUUCAUUAAUAAUCACUAAAUUACUGUUUCGUGUUGUGCCCCCUUGUUAUUUAAACUGAUUUAAACACACCUGUUUGGAGCUGUUUGGAUUCUUCUUUCUGGUGCUGCUUUGUGUCUUCAGGAUCAAAUGUUAACUUACAAUGGUUUUAUAGGAAUAAAAUACUGCAGUGAUUA